AUGUCUGCCAGGAGGCGUACCUUGUUGAAGGUUAUUAUCCUCGGGGAUAGCGGCGUCGGCAAGACGUCGCUCAUGAACCAAUAUGUGAAUAAGAAGUUCAGCGCACAAUAUAAAGCUACGAUUGGAGCCGAUUUUUUAACGAAGGAGGUCCAAGUAGACGACAAACUUGUAACCAUGCAGAUCUGGGAUACAGCCGGUCAGGAGCGGUUUCAGAGCCUGGGAGUUGCGUUCUACCGGGGAGCGGACUGCUGCGUGUUGGUGUACGACGUGAACGUGAUGAAGUCGUUCGAGAACCUCGACAACUGGCGGGAGGAGUUCUUGAUACAGGCCAACCCAGCAGAGCGAGAUCUGUUCCCGUUCGUGGUGCUGGGAAACAAGAUCGACGUGGACGGCGGUAACAGUCGCGUGGUAUCUGAGAAGAAGGUGAAGGCGUGGUGUGCGGCCAAGGGCAACAUCCCCUACUUUGAGACGUCAGCCAAGGAGGACUACAACGUGGAGGCCGCCUUCCAGUGCAUCGCCAGAAACGCGCUAAAAAACGAAACCGAGGAGGACUUCUACUUGCCAGACACAAUUGAUGUGAAUGCUGCACGGGCCACCAAGGCAUCGUCAUGUGAAUGCUGA